AUGAGCGACGAAGUUAAAGCAAAGGAAUUUUUCGACAAGGCAGAGAAGAGAAUCAAGGGAUCCAAUAUACUUUCAUUCUUUGGAGGUGGUUCAUCUAGAUUCGAUGACUCUGCUUCUGACUUUACCAAAGCUGGUAAUUUAUACAAGAUGGCAAAGAAGUGGGAUCAAGCAGGAUGUUGUUUUCAAAGAGCAGCAGAAUGUUAUUUAAAGGCAAAUAGUAAACAUGAUACUGCACAGAGUUAUGUGAUGGCAUCGAAUUGUUACAAAAAGGGUAAUGUGUCAGAGGCAGUCAUUUGUCUCAAGGCAGCCAUUGAAUAUUAUACAGAUGAAGGUAGAUUCAGCAUUGCUGCCAAGCAUCAAAAGGAGAUUGCAGAGAUAUACGAAGCCGAGGGUGACUUGGACCAAGCCAUCGCAUCCUACCAAAUUGCUGCAGACUUUUUCGAAGGCGAGAACAGCACCGUCUCGUCACAUCAAUGUUUAUUAAAGAUUGCUCUCUUUUCUGCACAACUCGAGCGUUAUGACAAGGCCAUCGAAAUCUACGAACACGUUGCCUCUGCCUCUCUCGACAAUAAUCUUACACAAUGGGGUUGCAAGGAGUAUUUCCUUCGUGCCUGUCUAUGUUAUUUGGCCUCUGACGAUUUGGUUUCUGCCGAUCGUGCCCUUCAUCGUUAUAGAGAUAUGCAAGCUAGUUUUGGUAAUUCAAGAGAAUGUCGUUUAUUAGAAGAUGUAAUUCAAUCAUGCAGAGAUAAUAAUGUUGAAAACUUUACAAAUGCUGUUGCUGAUUUUAAUAGUAUUAGUCCAUUGGAUGCUUGGAAGACUUCCAUUUUAUUAAAGGUUAAACAAACAAUCACAAGAGAGGAAUCUGUAGCUUAA